UUGAUAUCAUCAACUUUUUCUAAUUACAAGUAAUAAACUUUAAAAGAAAUUGCAAAUAAUAUAUACUUUGUGUAUUAAAAUCGCAGUUUCCGCAAGACGCUAAUAAAAGAUAUCAAAACAUUAGAAAGUGAACUUUUCCAUCGAUUGCAAAUUCCGAUUCCAAAUAAUAUCACUACUUUACUUUAAAGUGUUUCCUUGUUUGUCGCAUAAUGCCCUUGAAAUUGGACAUUAAACGUCGCUUAACAUCCCGUUCAGAUCGGGUUAAAUGCGUCGAUAUACAUCCAUCAGAACCAUGGAUGUUAUGUGCUCUUUAUAAUGGCCACGUACACAUUAUGAAUUAUGAAAACCAACUCUUAGUAAAAGAUUUUGAAGUUUGCGAUGUCCCUGUACGUGCUGGACGCUUCGUUUCCCGUAAGAAUUGGCUUAUUACUGGAUCUGAUGAUAUGCAAAUACGCAUAUUUAACUAUAAUACUUUGGAGAAAGUGCAUUCGUACGAAGCUCACUCGGAUUAUAUUCGAUGUAUAGCAAUUCAUCCCCAACAACCACUAAUAUUAACAAGUAGCGAUGAUAUGCUUAUUAAGCUAUGGAAUUGGGAGAAAAUGUGGGCUUGUCAACGAGUGUUUGAAGGUCAUACCCAUUACGUCAUGCAAAUUGUUUUCAAUCCAAAAGAUAACAAUACCUUUGCCUCAGCUUCGUUAGAUCGAACUGUAAAAGUUUGGCAAUUAGGAUCUAAUUUUGCCAACUUUACUUUGGAAGGUCACGAGAAAGGCGUUAAUUGCAUCGAUUAUUACCAUGGUGGGGACAAACCCUAUUUGAUUUCGGGAGCUGAUGAUCGCUUAGUAAAAAUAUGGGAUUAUCAGAAUAAGACUUGCGUGCAGACUCUGGAAGGUCAUGCUCAAAAUAUUUCAGCAGUAAGCUUUCACCCCGAGCUACCUAUAGUAUUAACAGGAUCAGAAGACGGUACGGUACGUAUUUGGCAUUCGGGUACUUAUCGCUUGGAAACUUGUCUAAAUUAUGGCUUUGAACGUGUUUGGACUAUUGCUUGCAUGAGAGGCACCAACAAUGUGGCUUUAGGAUAUGAUGAGGGUUCCAUAAUCAUUAAAGUAGGCCGUGAAGAGCCAGCCAUGUCUAUGGACGUCAUAGGAGGCAAAAUUGUUUGGGCAAAGCACUCGGAAAUGCAGCAGGUUAACUUGAAGGCUUUGGCCGAUGGAACGGAAAUUAAAGACGGUGAGCGAUUACCAGUAGCAGUUAAAGAUAUGGGCGCUUGUGAAAUUUAUCCCCAGACUAUAGCACAUAACCCUAAUGGCCGUUUCGUGGUAGUUUGUGGGGAUGGUGAAUACAUAAUUUAUACUUCGAUGGCUUUGCGGAAUAAAGCUUUUGGCUCAGCUCAAGAAUUUGUUUGGGCUUUAGAGAGCACCGAAUAUGCUAUAAGAGAGAACAAUGGGACCGUGCGUUUGUUCCGCAAUUUUAAGGAACGCAAAAGUUUUACGCCUGAAUAUGGUGCCGAAAACAUUUACGGAGGCUAUUUGUUUGGCGUGAAGACUUCGUCGAACUUGGCCUUUUAUGACUGGGAAACUGUUACUUUAGUCCGACGCAUAGAAGUACAGCCGCGUCAUGUUUUUUGGAAUGAGGCCGGCACGUUAGUGUGCUUGGCUACCGAUGAAUCUUUCUUUAUAUUAUCUGUCGAUACGGGAGCCAUAUCAAAUGCUUUGGAAAAUAAACAAGGCUUAGAAGACGACGGCAUUGAAAGUGCCUUCGAUGUAUUGAAUGAAAUCAAUGAAGUGGUUAAAACUGGCCUUUGGGUCGGCGACUGCUUUAUUUACACUAAUUCUGUAAAUCGUAUUAACUAUUACGUUGGCGGUGAAAUUGUUACCAUUUCGCACUUGGAUCGAACAAUGUAUUUAUUAGGAUAUGUACCGAAGGACAAUCGUUUAUACUUAGGUGAUAAAGAACUUAACGUAGUCUCAUUCGCUUUGCAACUUUCUGUGUUGGAAUACCAGACAGCAGUAAUGCGGCGUGACUUUGAACGCGCCGACUUAGUACUACCCACAAUACCUAAAGAACUUCGCACACGUGUGGCUCACUUUUUAGAAAAGCAAGGCUUUAAAGCACAAGCCCUACAGGUGUCUACAGAUCCCGACCACAAGUUUGAUUUAGCAUUACAGACAGGUGAAUUGGAGGUGGCUGUAAAGUUGGCACGAGAAGCUGAUAACUCCCAAAAAUGGUCUCAACUGGCUGAUGUAGCUUCGCGUAAAAACAAUAUGUCGUUGGUUAAGGAAUGCAUGGAAAAGGCCAAUGAUUUUAGCGGCCUUCUACUGUUAGCUACAGCCUCGGGCGACGAAGAAAUGCUUAAGCUACUAGGCAAGAAUGGCUCAGCACAAGGUCGUCACAAUAUAGCAUUCCUCUCAGCAUUCUUACGCUCUGAUAAAAAACGAUGCUUGGACAUACUCAUCGAAACAAAUAGACUGCCAGAGGCAACGUUUUUCGCUAGAACUUACAUUCCUAGCCAAAUAUCAUAUGUAGUGGAGUUAUGGCGUGAAGAGCUAACGAAAUUCAAUGAAAAAGCCGGUCAAUCUUUGGCGGAUCCCAGCAAAUAUGAAAACCUCUUUCCUGGAUUAGGUGAAGCUUUACAAGUUGAAGAGUUUCUUAAACAAAAAGAACAUGAAAAAUUACCUGCUCGCGCUGCUGCGUCGCUUCCCCUUAAUACAGAACGUAACGUUUACGAGGAAAUGCAAUUGGCUCAGCAAAAAGGUAUUUACGAAAACAAUGCCAAAGUUGAAGUAAAAGAUUACAAGAAAUCCGACGAUUUUAUAAGUUCAACUGUCCCUAUGCCAACAUCGAUAAUAUGCAAUGAGAAUGCACUAACUUCAAAAGAUGAAGAUGAUGAUAUAGAUUUGGAAAUAGAAGGCAUAACAUUGGAUGAUAAUAUCGACACAGAUGUUAAUCUUGAUGAUGACUUUCUGAGUGACGAUUAAAACUUUAUUAGAAAUUUAUAUCCUAACCCGUCUGUGCGUGCAUUUCCUUGUCUAAGGGGCGGUAAAUUAAGAUUACAUAUUUCAGUCUUAAGUUUGUAAGUUUGCGCCUUUUUUUUAUGUGUAUUACUUCUUUCCUACCCCUUUUGAAAUUAAGUUGUUUUUAUGGAAUAAAUUGCGUGUGCAGAGUUUGACUCUGCAUAAUAUACAUA